GGCCACCGUGUCUCAAGGCCCAUUGAAAAACUCCCCACUCUCACGCCUGGGCGUUUCAUUCUCACUUUCUUCUUCCAACUUCCUUUUUCUUCUCCUCUGGAAGUAGCCUAGCCGCUUUCUCCGACAUUUUUUUUUUCUGGUUUUUCGACAAUAAGAAUAUGCUAGGAAUUGCGCGCAGAAAAGUUGUUCGUGGUGGUGUUUCAGUGUUAGGUCGCCAAAUUCGAAGGAAUUCAGGAGCAUCUGCAGCUCCUUUUGGAUCUAAUGUCUAUGUGACAACUGGAAAAGAGACUUUGCUUCACAGACAAGGAUCAAAGCUUGUACGGAUUGUUGGCUUAAAUGGGAAUUUGGGCUGUCCAGCUAGUGUGAGGUCUCUAAGGCCAGUCGGAUCAUGUUUACAAACAGACCCUUCGAGCAAUGUAUGGAAUAGGUCCUACUCAUCAGAUGGUGGUGAGGUUGUUGAAGCCGUUGUGCCCUUCAUGGGCGAGUCAAUUACUGAUGGAACUUUGGCUGCAUUCUUAAAGCAUCCAGGAGACCGCGUUGAAGUUGAUGAGCCGAUUGCACAAAUUGAAACAGAUAAGGUCACUAUGGAUGUUGGUAGUCCUGAAGCUGGAGUCAUUCAUCAGCUUUUAGCCAAAGUAGGUGAUACUGUGGAGCCUGGCACUAAAAUAGCAAUCAUAUCAAAAUCUGGUGAUCACACUCAUGUAGCUCCAUCAGAGCCACCAACCAGCAAGAGUGUUGCAGCAAAGAAGGAAAAGCCGGAUGAGGAGAAUGCAAAAGCUAAAGCCCCUACCCAAGAGAAGCCUAAAUCUGAAGAUGUUGCUCCCAAGGACAAGCCCAAACCCCCUUCACCAUCUGCAAAGACCUCACCUUCAGAACCUCAACUACCUCCUAAGGAAAGAGAGAGAAGGGUUCCAAUGACAAGACUGAGAAAGCGAGUCGCUACACGUUUAAAGGACUCUCAGAACACCUAUGCCAUGUUAACUACUUUUAAUGAAGUUGAUAUGACAAACUUGAUGAAGCUGCGGUCUGAUUAUAAAGAUGCCUUUGUUGAGAAGCAUGGGGUCAAGUUGGGAUUCAUGUCAGGAUUUGUCAAAGGGGCAGUGAGUGCUCUUCAGAGUCAACCUAUUGUUAAUGCUGUCAUUGAUGGGGAUGACAUCAUAUACCGAGAGUACAUUGAUAUCAGUAUCGCUGUGGGCACUCCUAAGGGUCUUGUGGUUCCUGUUAUCCGGGGUGCGGAAAAAAUGAACUUUGCUGAGAUUGAAAAAGGAAUUAACACUCUUGCUAAGAAGGCCAGUGAUGGAACAAUAUCCAUUGAUGAAAUGGCUGGAGGGUCUUUUACUAUAUCGAAUGGUGGUGUUUAUGGAAGUCUUUUGAGUACCCCAAUAAUCAACCCCCCACAGUCCGCAAUAUUAGGUAUGCACUCCAUUGUGAAUCGCCCAAUGGUGGUCGGUGGUCAGAUAGUUUCACGACCUAUGAUGAAUGUUGCUCUGACUUACGAUCACAGGCUGAUUGAUGGAAGAGAGGCGGUCCUCUUCUUACGCCGAGUCAAGGAUGUGGUGGAAGAUCCCAGGAGGUUGCUUCUUGAUAUUUGAGAGAGCAAAACAUUUCCUUUUUUUUACUGCCAUAGUAUAAAAUAAAUUGUCAUAUAAUCACAAUUUCCGGGGGUUAAUUUUCACCCUGCCUUGAUUUAUAACCGGGUGCAUCAUGAUUUUGACAUACUUUUCCUCUGGUGAUGUAUUUUUUGACUCUUGGCUCUAUUUAUGGUUUACUAGAGAUACUCUUACGGGAAGUAUAGUACCCGCUUAUAACAAUUGGUAAUUUUGGGCAA